UUGAAUUUUGAUUACUAGUAUUUGGGAAGAUGAACAAGAAGGGCCUCGCCAUUUUAAUGCGUACUAAAAUGCGGCCUCUCCCCUCAGCGGCUAUUAAGAGAGUCAAUCAAAUGGAAGUUCCUCCUCAAGAAAAUUCUAACGUGGUUUCUUCUACUCCUAAUGCCUCCAUUAAUCCCCCAAGGGACUUCGAGCAAGUAAGAGACUCUAUGCUCUCUGCUAUAUUAAUGAAUAAGACUGAGAUUUUAGAUGCUGCCCUCAGUGAAUUCUGUGAGGGUUACUUUAGCCUUUCCAAGGAAAAUCGACGGAAAUUACUUCUCACACUUGCCAGAGAGUAUGAUCUUGACAGAAUACAAGUUAGGGAGCUGAUGAAGCAGUAUCUUGGUCUUGAGCUUCCUAUUGGUGAAAAAGCUCAGCAUAGUAGUGGGCAACAAGAGGAAUUGUCACUUUCAGCAUUUUAUAGAAUUGAGCGGAACUUGAGGCAUGCCCUCAAGCCAAAUUAUGAAGUACUGUUUGAGCGGCUUAAUACUCAUCCUGGAGGGUUGAAGUUCUUGUCCGACAUUCGAGCUGAUAUUCUAUCUUUUCUCACCGAGGAAAAUUUUCCAUCCUUGCGGGCACUUGAUUCUUACUUGAAAGAGAAGCUUGGUACAUGGCUUAGUCCUGCGAAUCUAGAGCUUCAUAAUAUUACAUGGGAUGAUCCUGCUUCUUUGUUGGAGAAGAUUGUAGCUUAUGAGGCAGUGCAUCCAAUCAGCAGUCUUUUGGACCUGAAAAGAAGGCUGGGGGUAGGCCGCCGCUGUUUCGGAUAUUUACAUCCAGCAAUACCUGGUGAACCCCUCAUAUUCAUAGAAGUUGCAUUAAUGAAGGAUGUGGCCGAGACAAUUCAGGAAGUUCUAUGGGACGAUCCUCCAAUACCUGAAUGUGAAGCAACCUGUGCACUCUUUUACUCUAUAUCAUCUACCCAGCCUGGCUUAUCCGGAAUCAACCUUGGGAAAUUCCUUAUUAAACGUGUAAUUGAUGUUGUGAAGAAGGAUAUGCCAAUUAUAUCUACCUUUGCUACUCUUAGUCCUAUUCCAGGCUACAUGCAGUGGCUUCUAUCAAAAUUGGCAUCAGCAGAGAUAUCUGGUCCUACCUUUAGAGAGAACUUGCUUAAACAAGAAGAAGAGGGGGCACUUGUAGAUGCAGCAGUAGAAUUCAGUUCCAGCAAAAACGGAAUGGAAGUGAUGAAGUACUUGUUGACAUCAACCAAUUAUGAGUGGACAAAGUCAGCUAAGAUAAUUUCGGUUCUAAGACCUCCAAUGAUGCGACUUUGUGCUCGGUACCUUCUGCAAGAGAAGAAGAGGGGGAAAGCUCUAGAUUCUGUGGCAAACUUCCACUUGCAGAAUGGAGCGAUGAUCGGAAGGCUGAAUUGGAUGGCUGAUCGAUCUGAAAAAGGCCUUACUCAGAGUGGAGGGAUUAUGGUCAACUACAUAUAUAGGGUGGAGAACAUUGAAGAAAAUGCUCAGUCAUAUUACAGCAAAGGGCAUAUCCAAGCUACCUCAGAUGUCUCUUGCUUUGUUGAGGAUCAUGAACAAACUAGAGAUUAGGAAGCUGUUGCAGGAGUGGUGUGAAAUUUAAUGUUCUACCCUUGCAGUACAGGUAAUACACGU